GGUGAUUCCAUCAGCGAGGUGCAAAAUACUAGCAUCCUCUGACCUGCCAAACUGUCCCUCGCGGCUCACAUUUCUUGGCCAUUUCUUACCUUCCAAGCACCACCAAUCUUGUCCCAGGCUAGGGUAAAGCUAAGCCGGUGCUACUCAAAGCUUCAGCCGUCGCGUGCCAAAUCCAAGAAAAGGUGCGGCAAGAGGAGGAAGAGGAAGAAGUGCUUGUGGCAGGGCUGACGCGCCAAUGGGGGCAGCUUCUUCUUCUUCUUCUUCAGUCCGGCAUCUGCUCCUGCUCUGCCUGCUCUGCUUCUGCUUCGCGCUCGCGGUGAGCCAGCAGCAGCCGUCGUCGGACUCGUGCAGCAGCGCCGGCGUCGCGGUCUCGCAUCUCGUCCCGUUCAACUCCUCCGCCUUCCGCUGCUUGACCGUCUGGAAGCAGGAGGACUUCGUCCUGCGGUACAAGAAUACCGGCGAGAGCCAAUGGAGCUUCAUCCUCUCGGCGCCGGACAAGGGCACCUACGUGGCGGUCGGGUUCUCCGGCAAGGGGCUGAUGGUCGGUAGCAGCGCCGUCGUCGGGUGGUCGUCGGGCGGGAAGGGCACCGUGAAGCAGUACUACCUCACCGGCAAGAGCCCCGACGAGUGCUACCCGGACAAGGGACGCCUCACGCUGGUCAAGAACAAGGCCGUCGCCGUGUCGCACUCCGGUCGGCUCUACCUCGCCUUCGAGCUCUACACCGACCUCCCGCAGCCGCACCUGAUCUACGCCGUCGGCCCCGACGGUAACCUGCCGCCCUCCGAUGGCGUCCUCCCGAUGCACCGGAGCAUGCACUCCCACGCCUUCAACUACACCUCCGGGAUGGCAUCGAGCUCCGGUGGCUCGGGCAACGGGGGGUUCCCGCCGGAGAGGAGGCACGGGCUGCUGGCGAUGAUGGCGUGGGGCGUGCUGAUGCCGCUCGGCAUGAUGGCGGCGCGCUACUUCCGGCGGGUGGACCCCUACUGGUUCUACGCCCACAUGGCCAUCCAGGUCGUCGCCUUCGCCGUCGGCAUCGCGUCGGCCGUCCUCGGCUUCCGCCUCAACGACGACGGGCUCAAGAACGUCGACGUGCACCGGGCGCUCGGCAUCGCCAUCCUCGCCAUGGCCUCGCUGCAGGUGAUGGCGUUCCUGGCGAGGCCGGACAAGACGUCCAAGGUGAGGCGGUACUGGAACUGGUACCACCACUACGUCGGCCGGGCGGCGAUCGUGGUGGCCAUCGGCAACAUCUUCCUCGGCCUGCACAUCGCGCAGGAGGUCAGCGCCUACAUCGUCUCCUACGGCGUCUUCGUCGCCGUCUGGGUCAUCGCCGUCGCCGCCUUCGAGAUGAACCGCUGCUACUCCGACGACGACUGACCGUCCGUCCGUCCAUCCAUCCAUCCAUCCGCGAUACACUCCAGAUCACGGCGACGAGGCGAGCAGCCGGGCACACGGAGGAACAGGGAGGGACUAAUGGGCACAUACUGCGUUCACGGCAAGUGACGCGGCAUACAGCAAAAAAAAAAAAAAAAA